GCGUCUUCAGAAUCUUUUGUCUGCAGCUCUCUUUUCUCGUCUGAUUAAGCAGCAAGAUGUUGAUCGGCAUCUGUGGGCAAUCGCUCUCUGGCAAGAAUGAAAUAGCACGCUAUCUUUUGCUGCAGGGCUUCACAAGACUCUACAUCCAGUCCCGGGAAACCCCGAAAACACACAGCCCUCCGGACGCAGUCCGUGAUCCGGCACAGAACCAGAACCAGAUCGAAGCAGGAUCACAAAAGGAGAAUGGGUCGGCAGACGAGUUGGCUUUCUCAAAAAAUUCAAGGUUUGAGCGCGAGUCGUCUGCGUUGUCGGAUAUCGACAGCUCGGAAGAUCAAGGGUCGAGCCAUGUAGUUUUCAACUCGGCAGAAGAACUGCUUGAGUAUGUGACUAAACGGUGGCGCGAGAAAUUCGUGACGACAAAUAUUCAUACUCUUGAUACUCUCGAAACGCUUUCUACAAGACCUUUUUUUCUGCUGCUUGCUGUCCAGGCGCCGGUGACGGUGCGAUAUCAGAGAUAUCUGACCAAUAUGAAAACUGCAAAAACGCAAUUGUCGUUUGAAGACUUCACAGCGCAGUCUGAUACCGAGAUGUAUGCAGGCUCUAACGCGCUUGCUCCGAUCAUGCACAAGGCGACGUUACACAUCCUCAACGUAUCCCAGAGUUUAGAACUCCUCUACCUCCGUCUGUCCAACCUGAAUCUCACGGACGAGUCUCGUCUGCGCCCGUCGUGGGACGCUUACUUUAUGCAGCUUUCUAAUCUUGCAGCGCGGCGGAGUAACUGCAUGAAGCGACGGGUAGGCUGCGUAAUUGCGCGGGGGAAAAGGGUGAUUUCUACGGGCUACAACGGCACGCCGCGCGGCAUAACGAACUGCAACGAAGGCGGCUGCGCGCGAUGCAACGACGGUGGCGUCGACGGCAGCAACUUGGGAACGUGUUUGUGUCUGCAUGCGGAGGAGAACGCGUUGCUAGAGAGUGGGCGGGAACGGAUCGGCGACGACUCGGUGCUGUACUGUAAUACUUGUCCGUGCUUGACGUGCAGCAUCAAGAUCGUGCAGAUGGGUCUGACCGAGGUCGUCUACUCGAGAUCAUACAGCAUGGACGAGAAGUCUUUCAAAGUCCUGAGCGAAGGAGGCGUGAAGGUGCGCCAGUACUGGCCCCCGGAGGAGGGAACCAUCCUGAUUUAGGCAAAGCAAUAGAAGCAAUAAACCCUACAGAAACUACACACUGCAUUAUGUCAUCAUAUCUCACGUGACUCAGACCGACCGAAUUCGGCGGUUAAAUAAGAGUCA